AGCAAUCGACCCAAAUCCCGUUCAUAUGUUGUACUAAGUUCUCGAUCUGAAGUUCAUGUGAUUGGGGAUUCCCAAAUUGUUUUGGGUGGGGAAAUUAGUAGGACAAGUGUUCCUGAUACAAAUGGAAGGGUUGUCCCUUCAAUUAGACCUUACAAUUCUUUGUGCAACCCCGGAACAUUCCCAAACGCCAAUGGUGCUUUGUCGCCGGCGACCUGUGCGGAUUCCGACGAGCUCGCUUCUACGAGGACGGCGGGAUAGAGUUUAAACCAACCAAUCGCAGCUGAAGGACCGACCCCCACCCCAUCUCCGUUGAUUUGUGGAUGUGUGGUUGGGAGGAAAAUGAACUUUCAAAAGACGUUUUCUGAGUCAGUACGCGGAUCUGGGGAGGAGGUGGCGAAUUUCUAUGGCCAGCUCUGGGUUAUCCCCUCCCCGACUCGCAGCCGCCGCCUACAUAAGCAGAGGCAGGCUCCCCCAAACCCUAGCUAUACCGUCCCCAGAUUGUUUUGGGUUAGGAAAGAUUUGUUCCGAUCUAGGAAUUUCUCGGUCCAAGACUGCUUUCCGGUUGCAUUUGUUGGUCCUUUCGACCCCAUCCCUACCACUUUCAAAUUAUCUACUAAGGCACCGGGAUUUCCUAGAUCGUUUGUUGAAGCUGUGAGGAGAGGGAUGGAUAAUCGUGGUCAGAUGCUGCAGAGGAAUCGCCGGCCACCGCCGGGGAAGAAACCCAAUCCCCAAGAUGGGAAAUCCACUGCCUCUUCCUCAGGCAACAUCGGGAAAUCAGCCCCGCAAGGAGCGACCAAAUCAAAUCAGGGGACCCAGGCCCCGAUUGUCCCUCCGACGGCUACUGCCCCACCACCUCCUCCCCCCCCCCCCUCCAGUGGUGCAGAUCCUUGAUCCCAAAUACAAGGAUAUGAUAUGUUUCAACUGCAGCUGGCCUGGACAUUACGUGGGGAAUUGUGUGGAGGCGAAAAAAUGCUUUAUAUGCGCUGGGAAUCACAACGUCAACAAUUGCGCUGCCUGGGCAAAACCACAACCUGCUGCCACUUACUUCGGCAGUGCCGCUUCAGGGCUGGGUUUUUACCAUGUCAAAGUCCAUGUGGCAGCUGAAUCUAGCUGGUUGAACUACAAGAACUGUGCUAUUCUCAAGAUGGUUAAGGGAGAGGUUUCUGCCUCAGAUCUACUAAUUCAGUUAAAUGGGAUCUUUUGCAAGAACAAAGAGUGGCCAUGGCAAAUUAGAGAGUUGGAGAACAAGAAGUUCCUGCUGAGAUUUCCCCCCUUGGAAAAAUGUAGAUGACCUAAUUGAAUUUCCUCCAUUUGAAUUGCCAAUUGCUGGUGUAUCUGUCAAAAUCUGUGAGUGGGAAGGAAUGUUAGAUGAGUUUGGAGCACUGACUGAGGCCUGGGUACAGAUUGAAGGAAUUCCACCUAGGUGGUGCGCCUGGAAAGUUUUUGCCCAGAUCACAGCGUGCUUUGGGAUACUGGUGGAUGUUGACUGGAAUGGGAUUUUCAAGAGUUUCUAUGAAAUUAUCCGAGUCAAGGUCGCUUGCAGAGCCCCCAGAAAGAUUCCUUUUGAGAGAUUGGUGGAGAUGAAAAAGAAACUAUACCUGCUGUUUUUUACAGUGGAAGGGUUCGAGCAAAGUGGUGAAGAUGAUGAUGGAGGGGAUGAUGAUCCAGAUCAGGAUAACCUUGAGGAAAAUGAGGAAAACAACAAUAAAAAUGCUGAAGACAAGGAAGGAAUGGAAGAAGACAAUGAUGAGGCGAUUGAUGAGCUGGACAAGGCCAACUUCCCUACCAAGACAGCCACCCCUUCUAACUCGAACAAAAACAGGUCUCAAGUGGCUGCUUCUGCAGUAGAAGUCCACUAGGUCAACAUGAAUGAUGCAAUGCAAGGAGAGAUCAAUGGUGACCUCGAAGAUUGGACCCCAAUGAAAGAUGAUGGGAGUGAAACUGAGCCAACUUCUAGGUUUGAAAAGUCUAAGGCUCUGUCAGUCCAUUUGGACUACUGCUCGGAACAGCUUAGUAAGUUUGAGAUGGAGGAAUCUGAUGAAGAGGAAAACAUCAAUGUGGAUACAUAAUGCUUACCUGAAGAUCUAGCAUUGGCAAUGAAUUCAGUCAAAAGAUCACUAUUGGAAUCACUGGAGAAAGCAGACACUGUGGUCAAGAAGAAACUCAACAUCAAAACUCACCUACCUAGGACCCGGUGCUGGCUGGUAAACCUAUAACCAGAAAACAUGGUGAUGUAAAGAUUAUGGACAAGGCUGCUGCAUACAUGAUGAAGAAGAACUUGGAAAUACCAGCCACAUUUAAAGGGGCGCAAGUGGAAAAAUGUGAAAUGCAUUCUUGCAAAACUAAGCUGCUUUUUACACCAAUGGAUGGUUCUCUAUGACGAUGGGCAAGCAAAGCUUCUACAGCGAUGCAUCCUACUGCUGGACAAACGGCGUGGGGAACUCCUCCGGAUUGCUUGGAAGUGAGGCUGGGGGGGACCAACUGAAAAUCGGGGCGAUGGAGAUGGUGGAACAUCCCUGGAGAUCUGAUUUGGACCCAUUUUUCUUCGUUUCCUAUCUUUCUGUUGGACCUCUGUAAUAAUUCGAUUUAGACUUGAUGCUUUGUUGCCUCUAGACGUAAACUGCUAUGUUGGCUGUAGGUUAUUUCCGGCAAGGGUAAAUGCUUUGUAGUGUUCAGGUCAUUCAAAACUUUGUAUUCCUGUGACUGGUUGCGGUCUGCUUCAUUCUAUAAAAUGGGGCGGGGGGGGCAACCCCCUUUCUUUCAAAAAAAAACUGGAGUGAGAGUGAUACUAGAUGAACACUUUUGAUCUGCAGGUAUACACACGCACGCACACACAUCAGGGUGGACACGGUCCGGUCCCGGUCCGAGCCGCCAUUUGGACCGGCCGCCAGCGGUCCGGUCCGGACCGGACCGAGCUGUCCAACGAGCUACUUUUCUGGGACCGGACCGUUUGGGGGUCAGCUCGGUCAAGCCCGAGAGGACCGAAUGGACCGACCAGUGAUGUUUUUUGCUGCGUUUAGGUCCUAUUUAGCUGUUGUUUAUGUAGUUGCAGAUAGUUGCGGAUCGCACAAGAGAGAGAGAGGGAGAGGAUUUACUGAAUCUAGCUAACCAUCUAACUGAAUCUAGCUAACCAUCUAGCUGCUGUUUAGGUCCUGCGAGCGAAACUAGCUAACCAUCUAACUGAAUCUACUGACAGACUAGCUAACUGAACUACUGACCGUACUGACGAAACUGAAUUUUGACGAAACUGACAGCGAGCCGCCGGCGUAUGUGGACACGCUCAUCGCCCUCUGGGUCCUCGAAGACCACAACGGUAGCAAUUGAAGGCGGCAGCGUUGGCUCGCCGACGGUGAAAUCGUGGGCUUGUGCGCCGAGUUCGUUGGUGCACGAAUUGAAACAGUGGCCUCGGAGCUGCAGUACAUCAUGGCGAACCUGGUGAAACGCCCACACAUGCAAGAGGCCGUCCAGUUCAUCCUGGUGGAGCCGGUGAGGCGUUCGCCUACCUGGGCUAGCUGGUGGCCAGUGUGCGUGCUGAGCUCAAACGACAGCCAUGGCCAUGGUCGAGAACUCCAGAUCGGCGGCGGUGCAAGCACCGCAGCGAUGGCGAGUGGCAGCAAGAGGCUAUGGCGCAUGGGGAGGAGAGGAAGGAAGAAUAGGGGAAGCUCGGGGACACGAUGGUUCACCCGGGGGCUGCCGGUGGCCGCGACGACGAGGAACUGCGGCGGCGGUGACUACGUUUUCUCGGUCCGCUCGGUCGGCUCGGUUAAAGCCCGGACCGGACCGAAGCUUUGUCGGGCCUGAUUCUUGAGCUCGGACCGACUGAUUUUUUGAGCGGGCUAGGCCCGAGCGGGCCACGAGCCGGUCCGAAAGACCGCUCGUGUCGUCCACCCUGACACGCACACACAACGCACGCAGAGAGAGAGAGAGAGAGAGAGAGAGAGAGAGAGAGAGAGAGAGAGAGAGAGAAGACUGCAGAUAUGGUCGCCAUCACCGAUGACCAGCUACUUCAGGCAUGGCACUAGCCAGACAACGAAUCCAAUUAUCUGACAAGAUGCAGUUAACACCAAAUUCAGUCAAAAGCUCUUUUCCGCUUGAAAUGAUCAAAGUGUGUUAGUCAGAAGUACCACGGAUAUGGUUGGCGGCACAAUGAGCUCCUUGACGAGCUGCCGCACGGUCUUAUUAUCGGCGACUUUGCGUUCGCAAGACGGGAGUGGAGCUCCCUGCAUGUGUCUCUGAAGAUCACCUACCAACCAACACUGAGGAUCAUGAACCCUUAUGACCAGCUUUGAAUCUCUUGGGAUGCUUCUUGUUGUCAGCCGGGAAGAACAGACAUGCUGCUUGAAGAUGGAUUUAUAGCCUUUGCAGCCCGUGGGCCACAUCGAUUUCAUUCUGUAUAUGCCCGACUCUUAGCAUCGGGUUCUGAUUGGUCGUCGAAUCACUCCUAAAUACAGUAGAUUAUCUCACUACUUCCACGACGGGUUCUUGUGGUUGCACAGCCAGCAUAUGCAGUCAGAGAGGCCAAAUGAUACGACAAGCAGCAAGGCACGGGAGAACGACCCGUUGGCUCUGUCUUCCUUGGUCAACCAUCCACCCUCGAUCCCCUCUGUGCGCCCAAACCCACAAAAAUGGAGGGCGACAGCCAGACGUCGCCGGCAGCGGCCGCCGUAUCCAAGGUGCUCGAAGACGACGACCUCCUCGUAGAGAUCCUUCUCCACGUCGGAUUCCCCACCACCCUCGUCCGCGCCGCCCUCGUCUGCAAGCGCUGGCUGGGGCACGCCUCCGAGCCCGCCUUCCUCCGCCGUUUCCGCAAGCUCCACCCGCCCCGCCUCCUCGGCUUCUACAUCGACGACAGGUACUGUGACUCCGCUCCGCCAACCUUCGUCCGGAUGCUGCCGCAGCCCGCAGAGCUCUCUGCCAUCGUCCGCCGCACAAAUUUCAGCGCCUACAGGAGGCUAUCGCCCGGCAUGCUUGACUGCCGGAACGGCAGCGUAUUCACCACCUUGUACACAGACAAGAGCGCUCUUGGGGUGCACCGCCCGCUGUGCCAUGGGGGAGGUCUGACCAUCGUCCCAUCACUCCCACGCCCUCUACUCCCCUUGGGCAGUUCCUGCACUUUCAGACAAGUCCUCUCCAAGCAAGGGGAUGGCCUGUCCUACUACUACUUGUACGUGGAGUCUAGCAACCAAGAAUCUAGGAUGCACGUAUAUAUGAUGCAGGAUGGUUCCUGGCGCAGGCAUCAUCUCUUGGACAUAGACCAACUCCGCCGUCCGCGCUCAAUGCCAAAAGCUGUGCUCGUCGGCAAUAAAAUUUAUAUGGCGGCAGGCCCAAGCGACAUUCUUGUCUUCGAUUUGACGACCUCGAGUUUCUCCAUGGUUCGGCUUCCACAAGGAGUGGAGCAUGGCAACGGAGCCACCACCAUGUUGUCACGGGCCGGUGAUGCUUCUGGUGUAUAUCUCAUCCAGCUUAAGGAGUUUCAACUCCGCAUCUGGCUCCGCAAGGGGGACAACUGGUUGCUGGUUGAUACUAUCUGCCUGCAUGAAAUGUGUGAUAAUUUGAGGAAGUCGGAUUCCACAAUCAAGGAUGAGCAUAGUGUUCUUCUCAUGGACCAGGUGGUGGACUAUGGUGACUUUGUGUUCUUGCAGAUGGGUGGAUGUGUACUGCACUUGGAUGUCAGGUGCAGGACACUACGUAAAGUGUAUGAAUACAGAAGCACUCGUUACCGUGAUAUCCAUCCUUUUAUGAUGAUCUGGCCUCCCAUAUUCCCCGCGGUCAAGUAUGAUCCUCCAAGAACUGCAACUUGAAGAAGAAAGAUACAAGGAAGCUCAUGGAUUGCACCUACGUCGUGAAUGACAUGGGUGGCAUCAAGGAAGAGCAGUGGUGUGAAGUAUCUCCUCUAGUACCUUAUAGCAGUUUUAACUACCAUAUAACUGGAGCAUGUACUCCUACGCAACUCGGAUCUUUGUUUCGUGUGGUUGGAAGGGUACUUCCCUUCUGCAGAGUAGUUAUCUCAUCUGAUCUGCUUGCAUCAAAGUCUUGUGGUUCCACUGCUUGGCUACUUAUGAAAUUUCGAGAAGUGAGUUCUUGUUCAGAAUUGCAAAAUCUGUUUCAGUUAGCAAUGAAUUGCUCUGAUGUACGUGUGUGCUUGUUCAGAGCAAGGAGUGGCCCCUGUAUAUGCAGCAGUAAGCUCUGGCAAAUGCAUCGAUCAUACUAGUCAGGCCUAAGAGAACUGAGUGUUGAUGAACUGAAGUCAGUAGAAAAAUUAAUAAUCUGAGACAUAGAUGCAUCUAGCAGAAGGAGGCUGCUUGUAGCCGUAGGUAUUGAUGCUGACGUAGAAAACAAGUUUAAAUGUGCAAGCAUACAAAUUUAAGCUGGCAUUGAGAACCCUAGAAGACAAAUUAAUGGAAAGAGAUAUAGAAUAAUAAUAAAAGAAAAGGAAUUGAUAAUAAUUCAGUACUUGGAAUUUUUUCCCCAUAUUAGUAUGUUUUGCUCAAAGUAGAAGGCAAGGUUGUUUAAGUUGCCAUAACAAUCUGUUAUUGCCAUAUUGCACAUUGUGAAGUGUCAAUGUUCUGUUGUGUAUUGCAGCGUGCUAGACACUGCUCUUGUUUGAUUUGUUGCCCUUUCAUCUAUAACUAGACAAAUUUCAAUAGUAUACAAUCUACUCCCUUCGUACCGAAAUAUAUGUCGUUUUGGUACAAAGGGAGUAUAUAAGAAACUUAUUUAUAUGUUUUCCUUUGUUCUUGACUAAUGAAGGAACCCAGCCUGUAUAUAUUAUUUGUGCAUAUACUAUAAGUGAAGGGAGCCUCUGAUAAUUAGUACCAUCACAUGCGCUUUGCCGCAGGGUUUUCUCUUUCUCAACUUAUCUUGCCCUUUUGCAGAGAAAACCUGGUUAUGAUCUUAGUGGAAGCGAAGCUAUAUUUUGUUUCCUAACUAGGAAAACACUGUGAAUUGUUAGCUUCAUCAUGUACUAGACAUUUCAGUGUGCACAGUCUGGGAGUAUUUCUUCUUUGGCAGUGCAUUUACAAUUAAUACUUAGCGCAAACACCUUUCCAGAAGCACAAUAGCAAGCAUGCAAUCUAGAUUUCUGAAACCAUUAUAUCUCAGGUUGUUCCUUACUUGUGUUUGCCCAGUUCGGGAAACAAAAUAUAGCUUCACUUCCACUCAUAUCAU